AAACCGUAACUUCUCUCCCGCACCACACAUGUUCCUAUCCGCAUUUAUGCAAAGAGAACCCCCACAAUGUUUUAGUAUGAAAUGGUGAUGAGAUUUGUUAGGUUGAGCCUUAAGAUUUAUUUUGGAUGGCAAGCUUGGACUUGAUCAAUAUGCAUUUUUCAAUGAGCCUAUCCUCUCCCAAAUAAAUUGCUCUCUAUACCUCUCCUGUUCAGAGCAAUUGUUUUGCAAUCCAUGGAGAAAACCAACUCCGCUCUGGCAGAGAAGAGGUUUGCAGUUGUUACAGGAGCUAACAAAGGAAUUGGACUAGAGAUAUGUCGCCAGCUUGCUUCCAAAGGAAUCACCGUCGUAUUGACUGCUAGAGAUCAGACCAAGGGAACUAGAACUGUUGAAGCUCUUAAACUGUCGGGACUUACUGAUGUGAUCUUUCAUCAACUUGAUGUAAAUGAUGCAAUUAGUGUCACUUCAUUUGCUGAUUUCACGAAAACCCGUUACGGAAAAGUUGAUAUCUUGGUAAAUAAUGCAGGGGACAAUGGAGUAACAGUACAAAUCAGUGAGGUUGUUAAAGACUUGAACAUUCGAGAUAGUGAUGAGAAAGAUGAGGCUGCCAAUUUGUGGAAGGAAGCUGUUAAGGAGACGUACGAGAGGGCACAACAAUGCAUUGAAACAAAUUACUACGGAACUAAAAGAGUAACUGAAGCACUGCUUCCUCUUCUUCGACUCUCUAAUUCGGCAAGAAUAGUGAAUGUUUCCUCCUUAUAUGGUCAACUAAAGUAUAUCUCGAGUGAAACGAUUAAAGAGGAGCUAAGUAACGUUCAUUGCUUAACAAAUGAGAAAUUAGACGAGCUUAUGCGAAAGUUCUUGAAGGAUUUUAAGGAAGGUACGUUGAGGACUAAUGGAUGGCCUGUCAUAGCUUCUGCAUAUAAAGUCUCGAAAGCUGCUAUGAAUGCUUACACUCGAAUUCUAGCUAGAGAAUUACCAACUUUUCGUGUUAAUGUUGUUCAUCCUGGUUUGGUUAAAACGGAUCUUUCACUCAAUAGAGGAAAUUUAACCCCUGAUGAGGGUGCUAAAGCACCAGUUAUGGUGGCAUUGUUGCCUUCUGAUGGCCCUUCUGGAUUUUACUUUGACCAGAUGGAGAUUUCAACCUUUUGAGUUAAAAAUGUUUGAAAUGAAAAUUGAUGUACAAUAGCUGUUUUUCCUAUUUAGCUCGUUAAUUUUGCAAUAUGGAACAAUACUUUCUUAGUUUUGAAUUUUUUUUGAGUUUUA